CCAAGCUGGACUUGGUGUCCGACAUGAUCCCAUCAUGUCUGUAGGUGUCGGUGAAGAACGGUCACGGAAGCGGAGGAAGGUGGAAGCCGGUAUCCUCUCGCGUACAAGUGCCAUCAACAGCUCAGAUCAUCUUCACCAACUCCUUCAAUUCCCGCCGUCCUUGUCGCCAGAGGACAUAAAAGCAGCGGUCGACCGAUUCACAGAAUUUCUCUCCAACCUUAGCAACGAAGACUCUCCCGACCGGGCUCGCCAGUUGAGGGCGUUGAAGAAGUACUGUGAGGAGCAAUCCUCAGCUUCACAUGAGCAAGUUGACUUCCCCGAUCUUUUGUCGGCGUGGUCCAAUGCCAGUCAGACCAACGCUGAAGCCGCCCUCGCCGCCAUUCCUCGUUCUCUCACGCAAUUUCUCAAGACGAUCUCCACCCAUGUCGACUUCCGCGACUUCGGGAUCUCCCUGUGCCACAGCCUGCUCAAACGAGACCAGUUGCGAAUGAUCGAUCGAGCCUUGUCGUCACCAAGGUCUAAGGAACAUCUCAUCACACCAUGUCUCCAGCUCUUGACAGAGAUCGUCAGUUUUGACGGUGGUGCCCUUGCAAGCAAUGUCUUCAGCCGACGCGACUACCUUUACCGGCGCCUUGAUGGCAUUCUGAGCCAGACGCCGGCGGCAGUGGCGCAGGGCGCCUCGUUCGCCACAUACCAGGCGGCUCUGGACCUCGUUCUGGCAAAUCUGAAGUACCUUGACCCUUCUUCCAAGUCCGAGUUCAUUACACAUGGCAAAACGAUCUUCUUGGCAAUUCGCCAUUUGUCUACCUUGCCCGCGGAGUCCGUCAUCAAUACCUUGAAGAGCUUAGAGAGGUCAAUUAUCCGCGACGGGACUCUCAGCAGGCAAGUCAAGGUUCGAACUUUCAACUCUGGUGUCCUGUCGGUGCUCGCCAAGUUGUACGACUACACGACCGGAGAAUCCGGUGGCCCUUCAGUGGAAGUGCGGGAUGCUCUUCAACAGCUGCUGUUGCAAGUUUGCACGACCCCAAAGGGAGUGUUACUUGCCCAGUCAGGAUGGUAUCCUUCCGGCACAAACCCCGAGAUUCUUGGAGAAGACGAGAACAUGAUCAAUCUGGGUCUGGACUCUCCUUUCUACUUUGACGACUAUUCCGAGAAGGUGCCAGUCAAAAAUGGGGCAAUCUCGACCUUCAUCCAAACCCUAAGACCCGAAAGCGAUGUCCUGCAAGCUGAUCUUAUCGUGGCGAUAUUCAACGCUGCCGCUGAACUUGUGGCCGACUAUUUCACUAAAAAACAGAAAUUCCUCGUUCCACCGGGAGAUGACCCGAGAUGGCGUGGGCAGUUCGCAUUCUUGUUCUCUGUGGUUCAGCUACCUGUGCCCCCGAACUGUGGGUGGGAUGAAAAGCUGCCAUUGACUCCACCCCCUUUGUCGGUCGUUAUAGAAAGCAUCCUCCCACGCCCACUCGAACGAGGUACGAUCGGAAAGUGCCUGCGAAUGAACGAAGAUAUCAUGACCAUCUCUGCGACGCGACUGUUGACGGUGGCUUUCCAAAAGCUUGAGUCGGUUCUGAAAGUCUUUGACAAGGCACCGUCCGAGUCCCAUUUAUGGCAGCAAGCAUCCCGCAAAUUGAUCAGUCUUUUUGUCGAGCGUAUCCCGCCUCUUUCGGAUAUUAUUACCACACUUCAGACGCUGCAAGACGAAAACGAGCAAGUCCGCGCAUUAGUUCUCGAAUCCAUAGCUGCGUACCACAACGUCCUACCUUCGAUAACCGCGGGUUCGAAAUUUGAUUUUGGGGUGCCUUUGGGCAAAAGGCUCCAGUCUUUGGAAUCUGAUGCUCUGGAUUCAGUAACAAGGGACUUGGUACAGGCCCAAAUAGAGCACCUUAUGCAAAUUGCAUACAUCUCACCUGGAACAAAAUGGUUUCAUAAAGCGGCAUCAGAAGAAGUGUCACUGGUUGUGCAACUGCUCAGACGUUGUGCGCGAGACUCCGACAAACCUGUUACGAAAGGAACGCUUCCUAUUCUCAGACGAGUGUUGACUGACAAGGGAGUAUUGAACAUCGAUGUCCGAUCUACUGAUGCCUUGUUGUUGAGCCUUUCUGCCACAAAGAAAUGGCAGCCAGAGCUAGUUACGUUUCAGUUCCUGGACAACUGCAUGUCGCGUACUGUUCAACGACCGGUCAAGUAUCUGGAUCAACUCGAGCAAGCCCAGCAACUUUUGUCGGACUCGAAACCCUUGAGUCUGCUUGCGUGCUGCGUGGCAGAGCAAUGGGUACAUCUGUUGAAAAAGGAAGACAAGAAGGGCAUCAAGAAUGUUGCGGAAUGGAUCGCCAGGCUUUUCUCGGCCCUUGACUCUGCAGGCGAGAAUUAUCGCGUCAUGAUGCACUUGAAGGAGGAGAUAUUGAAGCAAUGUGAUGGGCAUGAGAAGGCCAAAGAAGCGCUGGAAAAGGCAUUUGAGAAACAGCGGAGGAGACAUGUUGUUCUACCAGACGAAGACCUUGGUGAAGCGGGCACAGAACAGCCUGAGACUCCCAAAGACGGUGCACCUGGCCGAGAGCAAAGUCAGCACGCCGGCAUGGAUUUCGCGGAAGACUUCCCACCGCCGCCCGCUAUCCCAGCAUCUCUCGCCGGCCUCGAUCGCUGGGUGAAACCCGACUUCGAAUCCGAAAUCCAAAACGGCCGCCUCGCCAAUCUGAUCCGCUGUCUCAUCUCCCCCGAGCCCGAAGUCCGACUUCAGGCGUUCCAGACUCUCCAACACGUCAUCCACGCUGUCCAACAGUCUACCUACGAGGAGAAGACCCAGCUCUACCUCCUCUUAGGCGAGCUGUGCGAGACGAUUAGAAGCAAUGGCUUCUCCAAGUCGGCGUCCCCAGCAACAGCCCCGGCACCUUCUAUCGUGGCAGAACUAGCGAUCCACUUCCUCCCCAUCGUCGCCGACCCGUCGUCCCCAUUCUACCGCAAGACCAACACCUUCCUCCUGCGCGCACCCCACUGGUCCGCGUCACACGUCCUGCCCUACUGGCUCAAGGAGACGUUCCUCACCGAACCCGAGAUCGACGACCCAGACAUCCCCGCGCACUUUCAGCAGGGCAGCAGCGGCGCCGGCGGAGGAAACGUCAAUGCUCAGGCGCUGGAAAUCGAGCAUUUCCUCGACCUGCUCCUCCACUCCCUCCGGACCGAGGCGGACAUGGACCUGUUCCGUCGCGCCCAGGUGUUUACGAGGCUCUUCUCGCACUACCUUGCGCCCAUCUGCACCAAGUCCGUGCGGAAGAAGAUCCUGCGCGUCGUCGAGCUCGCCACGCGCAUCACGGGCGGGAGCGAGACGCUCAUCACCCGGGCCGGGGUCAGGGAGUGGCUGUCCGUCGCAAAGACGCUGAGGGGCCAUAGCGGGCACGGGACCGCCGGGUUUGGGAAGGUCGACGACGAGAUGGCCAGGUUGGUGGAGGCGGUGGAGGCGCGCGUGGCGCGGACUGGUGAUGCCGAGAGCGUCGCGCGGUGGGAGGCCGAGAGGAGGUUGUUCACAGAGGUCGACCGCCGUGCGAACCCGCAGGGCAAGGUGGGCGGUAGGGAGACGCGGGAUCUUGUGAGCCAGGGUGAGGGCGAGGCCAGAGCCAGUGAUGGGGGUAGUGAGGAUGAAAGUGAGAGCGAGAGCGAGAGCGAGAACCAAAGUGACAGUGACAGUGACAGUGACAGUGACAGCGAGACCGAGACUGAAACCGAGGAUAAGGAUUGAACAUGGGGGAUCAGAGAUUGAAGACCAAGACAGAUUCAGUGGGAGGUCAUUGACUAAACAUCCAACCCGUCAGGAAUCAGCACGUCCGUUGUAUACAAUCCUCUUCUAUUCUCCCCCGAGGCCGGACAUACAACCAAGAAGAAUAAACAUAAGAUUUGAUAUACACUGAUGGAAAAUAUGUG